UAAUAUUUUUAUCUCUUUCUUUUGCAUUUACUAGUUAGUUGGUGGGACUUUUAUGGCAAUGAAACACCAAACUUGAAAUUAAUGGCAAAGAGGAUCCUUGGUUUGACUACUAGUUCAUCCGGUUGUGAGAGAAAUUGGAGUGUCUUUGAAGGGGUACACACCAAGAAAAGGAACCGCUUAGAUGCCACAAGGAUGAAAAACCUAGUUUAUGUUCAAUUUAAUGCAAGGUUGAUGAACAAAAAGAAAAGGAAGGAUAAAUUAGAAACUUUAUUAGCAAGUAAUGCAAGUAAUGCACAAUCUUGGAUUGUUGAUAGUUGUGAUGAUGAGGAGGAAGUUGACAAUAUAUUACCAUCUACAGGAGGUAAUAGAAAUUCUCAAGUCGAAAUAAGGGAGCCCGAUGAAGAUGAUUUCGUAUCGGAUGACACUGAAGAUGACUUGAAUGAAGAAGAGGAGAUUGAAUUAGAAUCCGAUAAAGAGCUAGACAAGAUUUAGAAUUUUUUUUUUUUUUUUUGUCAAUAUUCUUGUUUAAUUGAAUUGUAGGAAUUGAUUAUCAAGUAGCUGUAGUAUUUAUGAUUUUGAGCAAAUGUUUUUGUUGAAAAUUUGAAAAAUAUAUAUAAAUUUGAAGUAA